CCAUGGACGACAUCCUCUUCCAGCUGAAGUUCACCGCGAAGCAGCUAGAGAAGCUGGCCAAGAAGGCGGAGAAGGACUCCAAGGCUGAACAGGCCAAAGUGAAGAAGGCCCUGCAGCAGAAGAAUGUGGAAUGUGCAAGAGUGUAUGCUGAGAAUGCCAUCCGCAAGAAGAACGAAGGCGUGAACUGGCUCCGCAUGGCAUCCCGGGUGGAUGCUGUGGCCUCCAAAGUGCAGACAGCUGUGACCAUGAAGGGGGUGACCAAGAACAUGGCCCAGGUGACCAAAGCCCUGGACAAAGCCUUGAGUGCCAUGGACCUGCAGAAGGUCUCUGCGGUGAUGGACAGGUUUGAACAGCAGGUGCAGAACCUGGAUGUGCACACUUUGGUGAUGAAAGACUCCAUGAGCUCAGCCACCACACUGACUACAACACAGGAGCAAGUGGACAGCCUCAUUGUGCAGAUCGCUGAGGAGAAUGGCCUUGAGGUCCUAGACCAGCUGAGCCAGCUGCCCGAGGGCGCCUCAGCCGUGGGCGAGAGCUCCGUGCGCAGCCAGGAGGACCAGUUGUCAAGGAGGCUGGCCACCCUGAGGAACUAGGCCGCCGUCCACCUGGAGGGGAGGAGUGCGGCCCCCCCUGCCUUUCUGCUGACCGUGGCCUUGCUGCUCUCUGCCCGCCUGCCAGCCUGGAGCCCUGCUAUGUGCCCGCAGUGGGCACCUGUCUCUGUGACUACACAAACUUCUGACAUCUCUGGGUAAUUCCCAUGUCUCUGGGCCGGCCAGCUGUGCACGUACAGACCCCUGUCUCCUGACCCUAGGCAUGGACAGGAGCUGGCCAGCGGACGCCUAUAGAUCCGUGUGUGUGCAGUGU